AAAAAUAAUAUUAUUGGCAUUCUCUCAAAAUUCUUGCUAUUUAUAGAACUCCCAACUUGCUAUUUUCUUCUAUCCCUCAAAGGUCUCUCUCUCCUCUCUCUCUCUUAAUUCUCUCAAACUUAUAUACAAAAAAUACACACAAGGGCAAAAAUGGAACAAAAAAAUAUUUUAUUUCUUCUUACUCUUAUGGUUUUACUUAUUUCCCACACAACCUCAGCUCGUCUUCUUUCUACAACAACUUUACAAGUGAAUAAGAAAUUUUUUACUGGGGCUAGCAAUCCAAUUUCCUCAUCACAAGAUGAAGACUUCAAUGAACUUAUGGGAGCAGAAGAAUGUAAAGAAAAUGAUGAAAAAUGUUUAAAGAGAAGAAUGGUUGCUGAGGCUCAUUUGGAUUAUAUUUAUACACAACACAAGCCAAAGCCAUGAAGAAAUUUAAAUUAAUUUAUUUAAUUUGUAACUUCACAAAAAGAAAAAUUAAAUUAAAAAGCUAGUACUCCUUUUUUUUCUUCUUCCAUGUAUCAUAAUGUUAUGAAAUUAGUCGGAGUGUGAACAAAUUGAUCAGACCACAAAAUAAUAAAAAAAGUUUCACAAGAUUGUAGAGUAGUACUUUGUUUAUGUGAACUAUAUAAAGCUAGUCAAAGUUUAAUUAAUUAAUUAAUAUAUGCUCCCUAGGAGCAAUACUUUGUAUUUGCA